AUGGCGAGGACUUGCGCGCGCCAAGCCACCAUCGCGCUGCGCUACCUGGAGCAGGCGGGAGAUGCGGUGGAGGCGGGCACGAAUCAGCUCGACGUGCCGUACUGGCUGGCGGCCGCCGACACGCAGAUCGACAACUGCGUCGACGGCUUCCAGACUUUCUCGCCCGCUGCGCAAGGCUUCCCCGCUUACGUACAUCUCGAGUAUACGGCUAAGAAGGCGGGAAGCACGCUUGACGCCCUCUUAUCCAUCACCAACGCCGCCGCCAAAGCCGCUGCAUCCGUCGCAUCAACGGAGGAGGAUGUGGCGCCCGUGCGUGGACGCCGCAUGACCGUCCGAUCCAGCAGCUCGGGGAGCGGCGCGAUGGAUUGGCUUGAGGCGGGCUUGUACGAGCAACUGCAGGAGCUCCAGACGAGGCUGAACGCCGAAUUUGCCGCUGCCGGCGGGGAGGAUUCGGAGAGCGGUUCUAUCUCGAGGAGGCAGUUGCGGCGCCACCGCCACGACGACGACGACGAUGAUGAUGACGACGAGGAUAAGAAGGAUAAGAGCAGUAGCAAGAGCAGCAAGAGUAGCAAGAAGAGCAGCAAGAAGAGCAGCAAGAGCAGCAAGAAGAAGGCAUCACCGAACCAGGGUCCGAUGGUCGUCAGCCCGUCACUUGCGGCCAGCGCGACCGUCGGAUCCGGAUACAAGUCGAUUCAGGACGCAGUUGACGCCGAUCCCGGCGGCACGCGCUUCGUGAUUUACAUUCCCGCGGGAACGUACAAGGAGCAGGUUGUCAUCUCGACGACGGACAUCGUUCUGAUUGGUGCGGGCGCGGGUAAGACGAUCAUCACGGGCGACGCGAGCUACGGCAGCGGAUCCGGGACGUUCGAGUCGGCUACGGUUGAGGUGGAUAGCGACAGGUUCGUCGCCUUCGGGAUCAAGUUCGUCAACACGGCAGGCCCCGAGAAUCACCAAGCAGUUGCGAUUCGCGCCACCGGCGACCAAACAGCUCUUUUCAACUGCGCGUUCGACGGAUCGCAAGAUACAUUGUAUGUGGACGCGGGCCGCCAAUACUACAAAAACUGCUACAUUGGCGGCUCGCAGGACUUCAUUUUCGGCGACGCGGCCGUGGUUAUCGAUGCGCCCAAGAUUCAGCUUCACCCAAGCCCCUCUUUCGGGACCCUAACUGCGUCGGGACGGGCCAAGGACACCCCGACGGGGAUCGUGAUUUGCGACGCUGUUGUCUCGGCGGAUCGCGGCACGAAGAAGGUGUAUCUGGGCCGUCCGUGGAAGAAAUGCGCCUUCACGGUUUUCAUCAACACCUUUCUCCCCGCGGUGAUCGAGAGGGACGGGUGGCUGUCGUGGAACGAGGGCAGCUGCAUGUUUCUGGCGGAGGCGGGCAGCAAGGGGCCGGGCGCCGCGGCUUCCCGCGCGUACUGGGUGGACCCUGGGAUCAUCACGAGCGUCAGCGGAUACGACGCCAACACCUUCACGCAAGUCAACUCCUGGCUCCGCCUGUCGCGCUAG